AUGGCGCCGCUGAUCGACGACGUCACCGCCGAGAUCCUCCUCCGCCUCCCGCCGGACGAGCCGGAGCACCUCUUCCGCGCCGCCCUCGUCUGCAAGCCCUGGCCCCGCAUCCUCUGCGACCCUGGCUUCCUCCGCCGCUACCGCGCCUUCCACGGCGCCCCUCCCCUCCUCGGCCUCCUCCACAGGCUCAGGGUGAUCGACGGGGACGCGCCCGCCCGCUUCGCCUCCACCACGUCGGCGCCGGACUUCCCCCACCCGAGCUCCGACGGCCGCCGCACGCGCCCCCUCGACUGCCGCCACGGCCGCGUCCUCGUCCGCAUGCUGGAGCACGAGGACAUGGACUACCUGUCUAGGACCCCGUCACCGGAGACCGACACGCCAUCCCCGCGCCGGACAUCGAGUGGCUCAUCGAGUCCGCGGCGGUGCUCUGCGCCGCCGACGGCUGCGACCACCUCGACUGCCACGGCGGCCCGUUCAGGGUGCUCUUCGUCGCCACCCAUGACUACAAGGACACCAUAUGCGCGAGUGUCUACUCGUCGGAGACGGGGGCUUGGAGCGAGCCGGUGUGCCUCGACAACAGUUGUGCAUGCUUUGCAAAGCACAUGCGAGAGGGAGAAGUAUAUAGACGCUACUACACACCCUAUCUCCACCCUAAGCGAGGCACCCUUGUCGGAGAUGCAGUCUACUUCACGGUUCGGCUGGGUAACGCAAUCAUCAAGUAUGACUUGGGCAAGAACAGCAUAUCCAUGA